GCCUCGGCCUCCCCUCUUCGCUUGCCUUCCUUCCAACCCCUCAACUCCAACCCAACACCCGCCAUAAAUCCAACCCAACACAUAACCUCUUUCUCUCACACACACCAAGAAAGCAGGAGCAAGCAACCAACCAAGCUAGCUACCUAGCUGGCCGGCCAGCCAUGGCGCCGCCACCACCACGCCGCACCUCCCUACUGUUGCUGUCUCUCCUCCUCCUCCUCCUCCUCUCCGUCGUCAGCCAUGCAGCAAAGGAGGCGGCGGCGGGCUCGAGACGCCACGCAGAGCUCCAAGACGUCCAUGGGGAGGUGGACGAGGAGGCGAUGAGCUUCACGGCGGCGGCGGCGGACGAGCGGUGCGGCGGCGCCGGAGGGCGAGAAGGAGAGGGGGACGAGGAGUGCCUGAUGAGGAGGACGCUGGUGGCGCACACCGACUACAUCUACACCCAGGGAAGCCACAACUAGCUAGCACCAGCAGCUGCCUCAGAUUGCUCCAGUCGAUUCCAUAUGCAUGUAUGCUAGCUUCGGGUCACUGUAAUCUAGAUGGCGAAAAGCCAAACAGUGUCGAUAUCGAUUGUUGUCGCAUGAUCCAUGGAAAAGUUGUGUCGAUCAGUGAGAGUUUUGCAGUGGUUAUGUAACAUUAUUUUCUUUGGCGAAAUUAAUGGAGUCGAUUAUAUA